GUGAGAGAUAGGAUGGUAGCUGGGGAGGCGAGUAUGCGCAGCCCAAUCCUGGCCUGCUGGCAGCCGAUUCUCCUCCUGAUGCUGGGAUCCAUCCUGUCCGGCUCUGCCACGGGCUGCCCGCCGCGCUGCGAGUGCUCUGCCCAGGAGCGCGCCGUCCUGUGCCACCGGAAGCGAUUCAUGGUCGUGCCGGAGGGGAUCCCGACCGAGACCAGGCUGCUGGACUUGGGCAAGAACCGCAUCAAGACGCUCAACCAGGAUGAAUUUGCCAACUACCCUCACCUGGAGGAGCUGGAGCUAAACGAGAACAUUAUCAGUGCCAUUGAACCUGGGGCUUUCAACAACCUCUUCAACCUGAGGACGCUGGGGCUCAGGAGUAACAGACUUAAGCUGAUCCCCUUGGGGGUGUUUACUGGACUCAGCAACCUUACCAAGCUAGACAUUAGUGAGAACAAAAUUGUGAUCCUCCUAGACUACAUGUUCCAGGACUUGUACAACCUGAAGUCUUUGGAGGUGGGGGACAACGACCUUGUCUACAUCUCCCACCGGGCCUUCAGCGGGCUCAACAGCCUGGAGCAGCUGACCCUGGAGAAAUGCAACCUGACCUCCAUCCCCACGGAGGCCCUGUCUCACCUUCAUGGCUUGAUCGUGCUGCGGCUGCGCCAUCUGAACAUCAACACCAUCCGGGAUUACUCAUUCAAGAGGCUGUACCGGCUCAAGGUCCUCGAGAUCUCACACUGGCCCUACCUGGAUACUAUGACGUCCAACUGCCUCUAUGGGUUGAACCUGACCUCCUUGUCCAUCACCCACUGCAACCUGACGUCCAUCCCGUAUGUGUCAGUGAGGCACUUGGUUUACCUCCGGUUCCUGAACCUGUCCUACAACCCCAUUGUCACCAUCGAGGGCUCCAUGCUCCAUGACCUGCUCAGGCUGCAGGAGAUCCAGCUGGUGGGAGGGCAGCUCACCACGGUCGAGCCCUUCGCCUUCCGCGGCCUCAAUUACCUGCGCAUCCUGAACGUGUCGGGGAAUUUGCUGACCACCCUGGAGGAGUCGGCCUUCCACUCAGUGGGCAACCUGGAGACGCUCAUCCUCGACAACAACCCCUUAGCCUGCGACUGUCGGCUGCUCUGGGUUUUCCGGCGGCGAUGGAGGUUGAACUUCAACAAGCAGCAGCCCACCUGCUCCACCCCCGAGUUCGUCCAGGGCAAGGAGUUCAAAGACUUCCCCGACGUCCUCCUGCCCAACUACUUCACCUGCCGCCGAGCACGGAUACGGGACCGCAAACCUCAGCAGAUCUUCGUGGACGAAGGCCACACGGUCCAUUUCGUCUGCGGGGCAGAUGGGGACCCGCCCCCCACCAUCAUGUGGCUCUCUCCCCGGAAGCACCUCAUCUCUACCAAAACCAACGGGCGGCUCACUGUCUUCCCUGACGGCACGCUGGAGGUGCGCUAUGCCCAGAUCCAGGACAAUGGCACCUACCUAUGCAUUGCCAGCAACGCGGGUGGCAACGACACCAUGCUGGCCCACCUGCACGUGCGCAGCUACUCCCCAGACUGGCCCCACCAGCCCAACAAGACCUUCGCGUUCAUCUCCAACCAGCCCAACGAGAGCGAUGCCAACAGCACGCGCGCCACCGUGCCUUUCCCCUUUGACAUCAAGACUCUCAUCAUCGCCACCACCAUGGGCUUCAUUUCCUUCCUGGGUGUCGUCCUCUUCUGUCUGGUGCUCCUCUUCCUGUGGAGCCGGGGGAAAGGCAACACCAAGCACAACAUUGAAAUUGAGUACGUGCCACGCAAGUCCGACGCAGGCAUCAGCUCUGCCGACGCGCCGCGCAAGUUCAACAUGAAAAUGAUCUAACCAGGCAACAAUUUGCAAAUAAUAACGGUGUUGUUUUUUUUUUUAAAAAAGAACAAAUGAACAAAUAAAAAAUAAUUAAAAAAUAAACAUUGCUACAAACAUACCGACCUCUCUCCUUCCACCACGCCCUCCACCCCUGUCCAAACCCACUGCACCCGCACUGUCACCACCUCUUUCUCCUCCUCUUCUUCUUUAUACCAGGAAAACAUUCAGCCGAUGUCUUCAGGACUCCUGUGUUUGUAAGGACUUUGUCCGAUGGACUCUGGUGUCAGAUAUAACUCUGAGAGGGAAAAACAACAGAGGGGGGAAAAAAGAAAGAAAAAAAGAAAUAAAAUCAAUAAAAAGUUACGAACUUUCUUCUGUAACUUUGAUUUCAAUAACUAUGGAUUUUUAUGAAAACUUGAAAUAAUAAAAAAACCCUAUUUCCUAUAGAUAGUUGGAAUGCAAAAUC